AUGUCAACUACUCCAUUGAUCCUUGCACCGAUUUCUACGCACAUGCUUGUCCCACAUCGUUUGAAGGAAGCUUUUUCCAAAUGUUGGGCUCCAAAAGGGAUUAGGAUGGAUCUAGUGGAAAUUCAUCUGACUGAUUUUCAAAAGAUGUCCGAUGACCAGAAACAGAAAUUAUUCCGACAAAUUAUCGUUGGAAACAAUCAAUAUGCCCAAUUGAAAACUGAAUUGAAUCAGGCUGCUAAUGCACUGGCUGUGUCAAUCAUUUUUGACAGACUUGACAAAAACGCUCGGAGUUUUUUCGAUAAACUCAAAAAUUAUGCUAUGAAAGUUAUCGAAGCUACACCGUGGGCGAAGACGUAUCAAUCUAUCGAGAUAUUUCAAGAAGCUCUAGACAAAAUCGAGCUUUUCACUUUCCGUGAUGCUCGGCUUGCUGUAGAACUAGCAAUGGACAAAUAUAACAAAAUUUUUGAUUCCUGCCAAUCUACUGUCCAUGGGUCCUACUCAUCAGAGCAUGCUGAAACUUUUUGCGAGAUUGUCGCAUGCCGCCACGCAAAAAUGUUUCUCGAUACUCGAAGCGAGAAAGUUUUCGAUUUUGGGAGGUACACAGUCUUGGGAGAUAAAGGUUCAAUGUUAAAUCACAAUGAUACAGCAGUUUUCUUCUCCAAUGACUUUCUCCUACUAUUGAGCACAACUCAUCUAUCGGAUAAAUUUGGUGCUGCUGGGUUUGUUUUCCUGCAUGAAAUAAUGCACACAUUGGUUAUGGGACCGACAGAUUUCUUCAAUCCUUUGAUUCCUUUCUGGACAACAAAAAGUGACGGCGUCGCUGAGCAAGCGAUGAAAACUUGUACCACUUUUCCUAUCAUGGGAUGCAGUCCUAAUGCAACAUUUGAGGAGGACGCAUCAGAUAUGGCCGCCUACCGCAUUGCUUGGGAUUUUUACCGGAAGUCAUAUAGACGGAAGACAGUUGUCAAAAACUACGAAUCAUUGACAAAAGACCAACUAUUCUUCUAUGGAGCAAGUGUGUUGCUACGUGACUCGAGAGCAAUGACGGCAAUGAAAACCAACGAGAUUGAUCCACACACGAACAAUUAUCAAAGAGUGAACACUUUGAUGUCUCAAAUGCCGGCGUUCGGAGACGCUUUUCAAUGCAAGCCAACGGAUAAAAUGAUAGAAAACAAGGCGAGACAUUGUGAACUGUAUGGAAACAACGCGCCUGCCGUCAAGAAGAGAAAAUUCUCUAGCAAGCGAUGA